CGCUCAACCAGACCUCGCUGGUCAUCCGGCCCACAGACACCCAGAUGAACGUCAACAUCCCCUACCAGGACAUGCUCCUCCCAAUACAGGGCCCCGACAACCCCUUUGGCGACCGCAAUCGCUUCGUGAACCAGAACGCGCUCGCGGGCCACGUCGAGGAGCAGUCCAUGGACGACAACGCCUUCAAGGAGCAGCACCUCACCCACGCCAUCCUCGGCUACUCCGUCAACCCCUCCAUCGACCCCAGCGCCCCCGCCAUCCUCGGCUCCGCUGAAAAAGCACAGCAAAACGGGUUCGCCACCAUCACCUCCAUCCGCACGUCCAAUGCCGAAAAGAAGGAUCUGAAGCGAAAACGGCAGAAGAAGGGCGAUGUGGAUAUUGUCGAUGGCGACGGCGCCUAUGUGGGCCCGUGGGCAUCGUGGGAUGGCGACGAGAAGCAGGGCACGAUCCCCGGUGCGGACGCGAACGCAGAGGCAGAGGCAGAAGAAGAAGAAGAGGAAGAAGAGGAGGAGGAGGAGCCGGGGCCCCAGGUCCAGCGGAGGCGGGCCAAGCCCAAGCGCGGGGGCGUGGGCCAGGAGUCGUCCGUCUUCCAUGGCAAGUCUAUGACCGACUACCAGGGCCGGACGUACAUGCACCCCCCGGUCGCCGAGGCGCCGAACCUCACGGCCGAGCCGGGCUCGCAGGAGACGUUCAUCCCCAAGGUGUGCAUCCACACAUGGACGGGCCACACCCAGGGCGUGUCCGUCAUCCGGCUCUUCCCCGAUACGGGGCACCUUCUGCUCAGCGGGUCGAUGGACACCAAAAUCAAGCUCUGGGACGUGUACACUCAUGGCAACUGCCUCCGUACGUUCCACGGGCACACGCAGGCCGUCAAGGACGUUACGUUUUCAAACGAUGGGCGCAGGUUCUUGUCGUGCGGCUAUGAUCGGCAGAUGAAGCUGUGGGACACGGAGACGGGCCAGUGCAUCAAGCGCUUCAGCAACGGGAAGACGCCGUAUGUCAUUCGGUUCCACCCGGACGAGGACAAGCAGCACAUCUUCCUCGCCGGCAUGUCGGACAAGAAAAUCAUACAGUACGAUAUGGACUCUGGGGAGAUCACGCAAGAAUACGACCAGCACCUCGGGCCUGUGAACACGAUCACAUUCGUCGAUGAGAACCGACGGUUCGUGACGACGUCAGACGACAAGACUAUUCGCGCGUGGGACUACGACAUUCCCGUCGUCAUCAAGUACAUCGCGGAGCCGCACAUGCACUCGAUGCCCGCUGUGACGCUGCACCCCUCCAAAAAAUACUUCGCCGCGCAGUCGCUCGACAACCAGAUCCUGAUCUACAGCACAGACAACUUCCGGCAGAACCGCAAGAAGCGGUUCGCGGGGCACUCUGUGGCGGGGUACGCGUGCCAGGUCGGGUUCUCGCCCGACGGGAAGUGGAUCAGCAGCGGGGACAGCGAGGGCAGCGUCGUGUUCUGGGACUGGAAGACGGGGCGCAUCAAGUCGCGGCUCAAGGCGCACAACAAGGUCGUCAUCGCGCACGAGUGGCUCCCGCACGAGUCGAGCAAAGUCGUGACGGCUUCGUGGGACGGGUUGAUCAAGCUCUGGGAUUAGACCAACUGUAUUGUACUACACACACACAUCUUUGCAAAUUACACUGCGAAUCGUUCGCGCUUAAUGACAUCACGCAUGUGCUUCUACACUUGUAGGCUCUGGGCUGAUGGGUGACAAGCUUGCGGUGAGGCGUUGGGCAACUCCACCAACGAUAAGCUUAAGCAUAAGGUUCCGUGCCGAGGAGCCACUGAACUUGUCAGC